AUGGGACCCUGCCGCAUCCAGUGUGUCCUGCUCCUCUCUCUGCUGGGCUNCUUCCCCUGCUCAGAUACUCUGACCUGUCAGGAUGGAUCCAUGAUGAAGUUUGGCCAAAACUUAUCUAAGAAAGCAAUUGAAUGGACCAUGGAUGAGACUGUGUCAGAGAGAAAGAAAAAUAUGAUGUGUCAUGAGAUACUUCUGCUCAUAGAUGUAGGUGAUAAAUCUCUCAUAUUGGCGAGCAAAGGCAGCAGCAAAGCGGGGAGUGCGAUUGCCCACGACGUCCAGGUGUUUUCCGCUGGACCUGGAAUNGUGGCUGCCUCGUAUGUCCACUUCUGUGACACGGACCUGUGCAACAGUGCUAGCAGCACCAGUGUCCUACUUAACUACAUGAAAGUUUCAGAGUCCUCUGAACCGGGAUCCACUAAGUGUCCGGUCUGCUUGCAUUUUCGGGGUUCCUGCUCCCAGCAUACCAAAUUUGUCCUCUGCCCUAAGGACACUCACUGCUAUUUCAGUGACAUGACUGUAGAAGGAGGUGGCCUCAAGACCUUCUUUAGCCUUGAUGGAUGCCUGGCCAACUCAGCCAAAAACCUAUUGAAAAGCCAAACUUCAAUUGGGAUUUUCUCUGUUGUGGAAGUCUCUGAUCCAAACUCCAGCAAGUCACCCCCACGCGUAGCUGUCCUUGUCCCGAACAUCCUCCUGACCUGGAUGUUUGGGCUCAGGGCUCUUCUCAGCCCUUCGUUUGGAGGGAUCUGUCCUCCCUGCUGA